AUGUGCUUGGCUGAGGAGCCACUGGCAAUAAAAACAAGAUUUGCAGAGGUGCUGGUCAGUGACAGCGCUCUCCUGGCUGCUGUGACUCUGCCCAGGUUUAAAUUACGUUGGCUGCGAACCCAAGAAAGAAAGGACAAGGCCAAAGCAGAGCUGCUGGCGGUAUGUCGUGCAAGUGUAAGAAGUGAAGACCAGCAUAAAGAGCCUGCCCCAGUCAGAGACUCGGAGCUGGAGGACGGACAGAGACAGAACUGGCUAUUACACAACGCCGUCGAAGCCGCACCCCCCAAGGACUGGUCAACCCGGUUCCUUUUCCUGGGCUACCUGUCGGCCUACCUGGCGUGCAUCUAUGGGCACAGGACCGGGGUCUUCACGAGAAUGACCCAGGCGGAGGUCAAAAGGGCCGUCGGGGACGACCAAAGCGGCUACCUCAUUAAUGUACUUGAACAUAAAACUGUGCAAACGUACGGCCACGCCCAGGUGUACCUCACCGCAGAGGAGUACGGGUGCUGCCGGAGAUGGCUGGGCCUCCUCCGACACACCGUGCCGAGCAACGUUUACUUUUUUUGUUCUUUUGGAGAAGGGCCGAUCAAAGACUUACGGGGCUACAUGGGGCGAGCCUGGACCGACAUGGGCCUGGGUCCAGUGCCCACAUUCAUGGACAUUCGGAGCGCUGUGGCCACCUAA